AUGGCGGCAGCGGCUGCCAGGGUGAGGCGGCAGCGGGAUGGCGGCUGUGAGCGGAGCGGCCCCCAACACCCCCAGGCUCCGGCCGCAGGUGAGGGGGCGGGGCGCUGCUCCCGGCACUCCCUCCUCCGUGGGAAGGGGGAGCCGUGGGGGCGGGGGGCCGGCGAGCGGAGGGGUCACGAGAGCGAGCGGGAGGGAGCAGAAGGCGGAGAAGAGCCGCCGCCAUCUUGGCGGGGCGCGCCCUCGCCUGCUCGCUCCCGCGGACAGGGCGCGCGCCCCAACCGGACCGCCGCCGGAAAUCCUUCUCCAAAUCCCUCGGCGCCUCCCGGGGCGGCUCUGCGGCCCUCCCGGCGGGCCCCUCCACCCGCGCAGCCCUCGGCCCUCCAUUCGCCCUCUCCCCCGGUGGCGGCGGCGGCGCCUCAAAGGGGCCUCCCCGGUGCCUGGCAAGAGAGCGAUGGGCCGGCCAGCGACCACGCAGUCGCCGGCAUUGCCGGACCUGCGCAGGAACCCCCCGCCCCGGCCGCGUGGCAGGAGCCCUCCAGCGCCCCUCCGCUGCGUCGGUCGUCCGGCUGCCCGUCCCUCCCGGCUGCCCGUCCCUCCCUGGGCUCUGGCUCGGCUCCGCUUUGCACAGAGCGAGCGGCAGAGCCUGAAGAUCCACCCCCUCCGCGGAGCCAAUGGCUUCCCUCCCCCGCCUCCUCCCUCCCUCCGCCUCGUGCUGCCAGCCUCCACCCUCCCUCUCGGUCCCGCUGGCAGCCUGCGAGGCCUCUCCGGGCAAAGGGGGCGGAUGCUAACCCCCGCCUCUCCCGCUCUUUCCUUCCAGCCCUGCCUCUGGGCCAGCGCGGCCCCGUGCCGGUAUGA